UUAACUGCGAAUAUAAAUAAAUAUAAUAAAACAAUUUUACGAAUCAUAAUUAUAAUUAUACAAAAAACAAAGACCACUUAACGUGAGACUUGUUUGUAUCGUUUAAAGAGCCAGUAGCUUGUUACCAUCUGUAUCAUGCUACUAACGCCGUCUGUCGAAUUAAAUCAGUAACGCAUUUAUCACAAAAUAACCUAUAAUAAAUAGUAUUUAUUAUAAAUUAUUAAUGGCAGCAAUAGAUAAAGUUAAAAUUAUUGUAGUUGGUGAUUCUGGUGUUGGUAAAACAUCAUUGACUCAUCUUAUAUGCCAUCAACAACCGAUCAGUAAUCCUUCCUGGACGAUAGGUUGUUCUGUUGAAGUAAAAUUGCAUGAAUACAAGGAAGGUACACCUAAUCAAAGAAGAUAUUUUAUUGAACUAUGGGAUAUAGGUGGAAGCCAAAAUCAUAAAAAUACAAGAUCUGUCUUUUACAAUCCUACAAAUGGUAUAAUACUUGUCCAUGAUUUAACAAACCGUAAAUCGCAACAAAAUUUACAGAAAUGGUUACAAGAGGCAUUGAGUAAAGAUGGAAGUUAUUCUAAAUCAAAAUCGUUCGAUGAUUUUGAUCCUGAAAAGUUUGUAGGAUCGACUCAAAUACCGAUAUUAGUUAUCGGUACAAAAUUAGAUUUAGUAUCGGAAGUAAGAUCAAACAUGCAGAGACGUACUUCAACUAUUGCCGAAGAAUGUGGAGCGGAUGAAAUAUUUUUGGACUGUUGCCAAGUAAGAGCAUUAGCUGCUGGUUCUAGUUCGUCUGUAAAACUCAGCAGAUUUUUUGACAAAGUCAUUGAAAGGCGUUACUAUGUUACUAGAGAAGGAAGUAGUUUAGACAAACGAAGAAUGAAUACCUAUACUUCGACGUACAAUCCAAAGCUUUAUCAUAAUGACUAAAACUAUUAUUUAUUAACC